AUGGCUGGAGAAAAUGAGAUGUUUGUAUCUGAAUUUAUUCUCCUGGGCUUCACCACCCAAGCAAAUCUGCAGGUGGUGUUUUUUGUCUUGUUCCUUGCCCUCUACGUGGUCACUCUCUUAGGAAAUCUGGGAGCCAUCGUGUUGAACCAGAUCGAUCUGUGCCUCCGCAUCCCCAUGUGCUUCUUCCUGAGCCACAUGUCCCUGCUGGAUGUCUGCUGCUCCUCCACCAUCAUCCCCCGGAGCCUGAGGGAUGUUUUGGUGGAGAAGAAGGUGAUUUCCUUCAUGAGAUGCAUCACCCAGCUCUUCUCCUUCGCCACCUGGGCCACCACUGAGUGCCAUGUGCUGGCCACCAUUGCCUACCACCACUACGUGGCCAUCUGCAGGCCCCUGCUCUACUCCGUGUCCAUGUCCCAUGCAUUGGGAUGGAGGGCUGGAGGGCUCAGCUCCACUCUCCACACCAUCUCCAUAUUCCAUGUCCUGUUCUGUCACUCCUGGGCCAUCAAGCACUUGGUUUGUGACAGGCCCCUGCUGCUGGCCCUGUCCUGCUCCGACACCCGUGCCAGCGAGGCUAUGGUGGCUGCCAUGGUGGGGUUCAAUGUGCUGAGCACCACAGCUCAUCCAGGUAUCCUGGUGUCCUCUCUGUCCGUCCUGGCUGCCGUCCUGUGGAUCUGCUCGGCGGCCAGGCGGCACGAGGCCUUGUCCACCUGCGCCUCCCACCCGGCCUCCAUUGCUCUGAGCCACGGCAGCUCCACCCUCACGGACCUGCCUGUCUCCAGCUGCUCUCUGGAGCAGGACAAGCUCAUCUCCCUGGGGUAUUCCACCACUGCCCCCAUGCUGAGCCCGUUCCUCUACGGCCUCAGCAACGUGGACUUGAGGAACGCCGUGAGGAAAGCAAAAAGUUGGAUCCUUGCUGCCAUCCAUGGCUCCCGGUGGGCUGAAAGGAGAGAACAGCCCCGCUGCAGUGAGGAGUGUUAG